AGAAACAUUAUGUAAGCAUCCACUUGGCAAAGUGGUUAAAAAGUGGUAUAGAAAUUGCUUUCUGCCUCUGUUAAAUAGAUUUUUGAAGAUAUUUAAGAUCACAUCUGCAGUGAAAUUGUGCAUGUAACCCCCAGGAGAAGUGAUUAUUUCAUGCUAAGUUAACUGGAUUCUGGAUUGUUUACAUUUUCUGGAGAUACUUUUAGAGAAAAAUAUACAGACUGCAGUUGCACAUUUCCUCUGUGUGCAGGCAGUGUCUGAUAGACAGUGUUUUUAAAUUACAGUAUAUUCCUGAGGGAAAAGUUUGGGAGUUAUUUGAAGUUUAACAAAGUGAUAACUACUGGUAUUAUUUAAAUUGUGUAUACCUGUUAUAUAAUAUAUACAUGUACUAUAUCAUCCUGAAAUUCUUGUGUGGAUUGCUAAUGUUAUAGAGUGUAGUUGGAAGAUUUAAUUGAACUAGUCAUUUAGUAAAUAAUUGUUGCUAAUAACCAGUGUGAAUCAGAAUAGAGAUUGGAGAAAGAAGAAAAAGUAAAGGAAUGAUAUUUUAGGGAAGAUCACCAAGAUUUUAUAGAUGAUGGAAUUAGCUCACAGCCUUCUCCUUAAUGAGGAGGCUUUGCAGAAAAUUCCAGACAACAAAAAGCCCGUUUUUGUGUUUGAAUGGCUCAGAUUUCUUGACAAAGUCCUUUCUGCAGCACAAAAGUCUGACAUUAAAGAGAAACAGAAGCGUCUUGUUGAACAGUUGAUAAAUCAGAUAAGUGAAUCACCCGGUCCACCGACCAGGAAGUUACUGGCACGAUGCUUGGCUACACUGUUCAUCGUCGGAGACUCAUUUGCUAUGUUUGAUGCCAUCAACAAGUGCAAUGAGAUUGCUAAGAGCAAAGAUGAUUCUCCUAGCUAUCUACCAACCAGAUU